UAUCUAUCUACUCCCUCAAAUUCUACAACAUUUCAAGCUUCUUGAUAAAAAAAAUAUGUCUUCUUUUUCACUUCAAAAACUCUUCAAAUUCGCAUUGUUUUCUGUGGUUUUCAUCUCCAUGGCCACCCUCGCAAUUGCUUCUUUUCAGUUCAGAGUUGGUGGGGAGGGAGGAUGGACUAAACCAACUGGAAAUGAAUCUGAAACUUACAACGAAUGGGCGUCCAGGAACCGGUUUCACGUUGGAGAUUCUCUUUAUUUCAAGUACAGCAAUGACUCAGUGUUGGUGGUGAACCAUACAAGCUACACUAAUUGCAGUGUUUCGAACCCAAUCCUUAAGUUCAAAGAUGGGGAUACUGUUUUCGAGUUCGAUAGGUACGGGUUUUUCUACUUCAUCAGCGGGGAGCGAGGUCACUGUAAAGCUGGUCAGAAACUGAUCAUUCGAGUAAUGGUGCACCCUGCGAUGAGCUCUCCUCAGCCGGCGCAGUCGCCCAUGGAAGAUGGCGGAUCCAACGACGAUGGGGAUGGUUGGGAUUCGAUUUGGGGACCUCCACCGCACAAUUCCACCAUCAAGCAGGCGGUUGCAUCUUAUUUCAUGACGGCUCUUGGGGGAAUGCUGGUUAUCAUGUAUUUGCUCAUGUAGUUAUUAAUAUUAUAGGAACUGUUUCUAUAUAUAUAUAUAUAUAUAUAUAUAUAUAUUGUUGGUUUCAUUUGAUAUUCUUAAAAAACAAACUAUU